AUGCAAUAACUUGAUUUGAAAAAGCAUUAACUAUUGACCCUAAUCAUAUCUUUUCCUUAAAUGAAAAAGGUAUUUUAGUAAUAUUAUAUGAAUAAGGGAAUUUUUAGAAAUUGUUAAUUAAUUAAAUUUUAUAAUGAAUCGUCAAUAUUUCUCCGUUAAGCAAUCUUAAAAAUCUUAACCAUACUUUUAUUCUUGAGAAUAUCAGUAUAUAUUCAUUAAUAUUAAGGUAUCUGUCUAAGAGAUUAGCAGCACUAUUAAGAAGCUCUAAGAUAUUAUGAAGGAAAAUUAAAGAUUAAACCAAAUGAUUAAUGGAAAAAAAAUUAAAAGAGUAUUGUUAUUUUCUUAAUAUAGAUUGUUGUGAAAGGAAAUUGA